UGGAUGAUCCACAGCUGCCCUCAGGAGCUCUGAUAGACCAGGCCAAACACCUGGGCAACCUGGCCUUCAACAUCUGGAACAAGAUGAAGGACAUGGUCUCCUACACUCCUCUCAUUCUGGACCCAAACACUGCUCAUCCAAGACUCAUCCUGUCUGAAGAUCUGACCAGUGUGAGACUCGGAGAGAGACAGCAGCUUCCUGACAAUCCAGAGAGGUUUGAUGAACUCCGCUCUGUCCUGGGCUCUGAAGGCUUUAACUCAGGGACUCACAGCUGGGAUGUCGAGGUUGGAGACAGUACAGUCUGGUUUCUGGGUGUGUCAGCAGAGUCUGUCCAGAGAAAGGGAGACAACAUAGAGUCUGGAUUAUGGGUAAUUGAGUUCUUUGAAGGUAAAUACUCAGCAUGGUCACCACCAGCUCCACCCACUGUUCUCAGAGUUCAGAAGAAGCCCCAGAGGAUCAGAGUGGAUCUGGACUGGAACAGAGGAAAGCUGUCGUUCUCUGAUCCUGAUACUAACACACACAUACACACCUUCACACACACUUUCACUGAGAGGAUGUUUCCAUCCAUUUACACUUUAGAUGAGUUGAAGCUGUCAGCAGUGAAGGUCUGUGUGACAGUGGAACAGAGCAGUUAG